GCGUGGCUACUGACCGGGACUGGCGUGUGGACAUUUUUCUUUCAAAGAAAAAGAAAUCCAUUAAAGGUCCCAUACAUGUGUAGCCACCAGUGUAGUGAUGGAGAUCCUGCAUUCUUACAGAGAAGGGAUGGAGUCUGACUAAAAGGUUUACAGUAGACUGGGCACAGACACUUCAGUGUUUUUUUGAAGGGGGAAAUGGAGGCUAGAGACAAGCAAGUGCUUCGUUCUCUUCGCCUGGACCUGGGUGCAGAGGUACUGGUGGACGGACUGGUUCUUCAGUAUCUUUACCAAGAAGGGGUCUUGACUGAAAACCAUGUUCAAGAAAUCAAAGCUCAAGCCACAGGCCUCCGGAAAACAAUGCUGCUGCUGGAUAUCCUACCUUCCAGAGGUCCUAAGGCAUUUGAUGCAUUCCUAGAUUCCCUGCAGGAAUUUCCCUGGGUCAGGGAGAAGCUGGAGAAGGCAAGAGAAGAAGCCAUAACCGAGCUGCCUGCAGACGACGGCAUAGCUGGAAUCCCUCCGCACGUCCUCAACAGCUCCCCAUCGGACCGGCAGAUUAACCAGCUGGCCCAGAGGCUGGGCCCCGAGUGGGAGCCCGUGGUGCUGUCCCUGGGGCUGUCGCAGACGGAUAUCUACCGCUGUAAGGCCAACCACCCCCACAACGUGCAGUCGCAGAUGGUGGAGGCCUUCAUCCGCUGGAGGCAGCGCUUCGGGAAGGAGGCCACGUUCCAGAACUUGCACAGGGGCCUCCGGAUGGCGGAGGCAGACCCGUCAAUGCUCCAGCACAUGUUGGAAUGAUGGUGCCGCCUUCCGCCCGCUGCGGGUGCGUCCCCAGUUCGCAUGUGCCAAGGGCGGGUAGUUCUUUGGGGGGGGGGGACUCUGUGUGUGUGUUUUCUUUUUAACGAUGCUUAGAUGAAAGGGGAAAAUAGAAUUUGCACAUGACAUGACCUGAAAGAUUACCUGAAAGGCUAGAUUACUCAGCUCUCCCACACUGGCUUGAUAAUUCAUCGUUUGUAAUUGCUAGAAGAUUGCAUUGUUUUAAUUGUUCAGGUUUUAAUUGUGUGGUUGCCUUUUAGUAGACUGGUAAAUCAUAGUGGCUAAAAAAAAACCGCUGUGGUAUCAUAUUACAUGCAGGUGUCCCGUACAUAAAGCAUCCACUUUUCCUCAACUGUGGACUUUGGUAUUAAUGAUGAUGAUAAUAAAAAGUGAAUUACUAUUAUGAUGUGGCACUUUCAUAAGAAAGCAUUGUUGUUUUUUUCUCAUUCUCAUAUUGCAUAGAUUAAGGGUGUAAAAUUACAGUGGUUGUUUCUUUGAAAUGGAAUUGAUAGCAACAGGAAAAUGGUUGCUUUCGUCAGUCAAGAUAAAUAGCCCAGGCAAGGUGUCUGCAUUAAAUCUAAGACACUAAAGCUCCCUGCAAAGACCUGGUCAAGUACCAGCGUGUAUGCCUGAGUCCUUCGUCUGUUAAAGAUUGCUUAAGAAAAUCCUGUGCCAUUUAUUUAUAGGAUUUAGUCUGGGGGACAAAAGGAGGCAUGGCCUUUCCAUUAAAGCCCUAAUGAUCGAAGUGUUAUGCCUUUUUUUUUUUUUUAAACAUCUGACUGUUUGUUUUUUUUUUUAAUGGGGAAUAUUGGGGAACAGUUUUUCU